UGUGCGCUCCCAUUCAUUUCCUGAGAACUGCCUGAGCCGAGCAGCUGAGAGGCAGAAGGGGAGGGAGCCGCUCACUCACAUACACUCACACUCACUCACUCACUCACUCUCACACAUACACACACAAUUACACACAAACACACACGUACAUACACGCAGAGUGAGAGGAGAGAAGAGGAGAGGGAGAGGAGGAGAGGAGACAGAGAGGACUGUAGAAAGGAAAACAGUCUCCUAGUCUCCACGGCUCUGCAGCUUCUGACAAGGCAGCCUAAGAAACAGGAUGUUAAUGCUUGACGGAAUGCCUGCAGUCCGAGUCAAAGCUGAGCCCCUGGAAUCGGAACAAGGGUCACCCAAAGUGCGCCCUUAUUCUGCGAUGGACGGUGUCCCCUUCUUCCUCAGCAGAGUAAAACCUGAACCUCCAGAAGACCUGCUCGCACACGACCUGCACUUCCACACGCAGACCGAGCCCGUUGACCUGUCAAUCAAUAAACCCCGUCCCUCAUCUUCGUCCACAACCCCCACCACCUCAUCAACCUCCCCUCUCAGAUCUGCUUUCUCCCCGUCAUCUUUAUCGUCGUCAUCCUCCUCCUCCUCUCCGUCAGUUAUCACCUCUGCCUCCUCGGUGCUCACACCAGGUCCUCUGGUUGCCCCCGGAUCUGGGGUGAGAGGUCAACCAUAUUUGCACAUUCUGCACUCUGUGCCGCCGCCUCCAUCCAGCCCUCUGAGCCUGCAGGGAGCAGGGAAGCUGGCCAGCCAUGUUCACCGCAUCCCAGUAGUGGUACAGUCACUUCCCCUCAUGUACACCACUGCUGUUCGAUCACCCUCCAGCCUCAACAACGCCAUCAUGCUACCUCUGCUGGAUGAGGCCAAAAGCCAGGGCAAAGCACACACAGACCCCAACGGCCUGUCGCCAAGGCAGAUCAAAAGUGACAGUGAUGACGAUGACCUGCCAAAUGUGACCUUGGACAGUGUUAACGAGACCGGCUCUACUGCGCUGUCUAUAGCCCGUGCUGUACAAGAUUCCAUGUCCCCAUUCAGUAUUGACAGCAUACGUCGCCCCCGGAGGUCGGAGUCACCAGAUUCUAAAAAAAGAAGAAUCCACAGAUGUGACUUCGAGGGCUGCAAUAAGGUGUACACUAAAAGCUCCCACUUAAAAGCCCACCGGAGGACACAUACAGGGGAAAAGCCAUACAAAUGCACCUGGGACGGCUGCACGUGGAAGUUCGCUCGUUCUGAUGAGCUGACGAGGCAUUACAGAAAACACACGGGGGUCAAACCUUUCAAGUGUGCAGACUGUGACCGCAGCUUCUCCAGAUCUGACCACUUGGCCCUGCACCGACGGAGACAUAUGCUGGUGUGAAUCACACGGAGGGAUAAGGAAAGAAAGAUCAGUGGAACAGACACACCUACACAGGCAGCCGGGGGAGCGGGAUCUCCCUGUGAAUGUUAUUCAGCUGGCCUGGACAUGCACAUACAUUCUCACACAUACACACUCUCAUCUGUUGUAAGGAGAGAAGAUGAAGAGGUGCACAGAGCUUGUGGAGCACAAAACAGGGUCACUUCUGGAUCCUCAGUGGGUUGGAAGGAAUAGACGGCAGGAUCUUUUAUUGUCAUUGUUCGGAGUAUAAUAGGGAACUGUCUUUUACAGCACUGUUCGUAAAUAUUUCUCUUAGAUUUUUAAGAUUAAUUCGCACUCUUCAUUUGGACAAAAGAAAAAAAAUAAUGCAAUCGCAACUGUCUCUUUUGGUAUCUUUUCUUUUCAUUAUUGUUCAAAUCGCUGCUUUUCCAGCAUUCAUAAUGUGAAAGACCCCAUUUUGUGGAAUGGAUUUCCUGUAUGAGCUCUGUUGAAGCAGAGAGAGGACCUGGAAUGGACCACAGGAAAGGACUUGGGCUUAGUUGGAGCUACAGGCAGUAUUGUUGCACCGUGCCUCCCUGUUUGUAAUUUGUUACCAGCAGAGGGAACUGUUUCACCACGUAUGGUUUCCUUUGCCUGCCGGAGCCUGCUGUUAAAUCCGAGGCAUCCUAUGUUGAAGCUGAAAGAGGGCUGGACUUUGACCUAUCCCAUAGCCAGCAAACAUUAAUGGGAUUGAUUCAAGUAACCACAACCAGGAUGGAUCCACCUCAUCAACACAUCUAGUUUCAGCUGUUCAUUGUUUUUUUUUGUUUUUUCAAACAGUGGAAACUGGGCAUGCAUAUCAUCACACCAGCAAAGGAACUCACCAUUGAUUACCCUAUUACAGGGCCGGAUUACCCCAAAUCUCAUCAGUGCUAUCUUUUAUGUUGAGCCUCUUGAAAGCAUUUUCUUUAAAAAAAAAAAAAUUCUUUGGUGGAUUUUGUGCUGUGAUUAGCAAUCAGUAAAGUGCAAUCUUAAAGGAUUAAUAUACUUUCAAUAUGAUGUUUUGUUUUUGACUCUUGCUUUUUUUCUUUUUUUAAUUGCCUGCUUUGCUUAUGUUUGACACAGAAAAAUACAACCCCUCAUGUACAGUGAACUUUAAAACAAUCAGAGGAGAUUUCCAGUAUGUGAAAAAAGAGGCACCUUACAGACUCAUGCUUUCAUUCUGUCUGUUUUACUAUUCAGCUCUGUUUUCUCAGCUGGUUUAGAAAGGUAUCUGCAUUGUAGUUUUGCACAGCGGCACUUGACUAGAAGCUGACGUUGACACCGGCUGCCGUGUUGCAGGGACAUUGUGGUAUCUAAUGUACAAUGUACUGUAGAAGAGCAAUACAUUUUGAACAAACUGAUAAGAAGGAACGCCAACCUCCUCUUUGUUCGGUUUGCUGAUGUCAAUAUCUAAGGGUUCGCCCGUUGCAGAGAAGUUUCUUGUUGGGCCAUCUCCUCACUCUGUAACACAACCCCUUCUGUUACUGGCUGAUUUGUAGCUCCAGCACAAAGCUCUAGUUUGAUGUGUGUCUUGUUUUGAACCUGCAAGCAGUUUGUGAUUUGCUCCUUUUCCUCUUUUUUUGUUUUUCCUUUUUUGUAUCUCAAAUACAGAAAGUCACUUGAAACAUUCUCACCUCAGACCAGAUAUAUGUUAAGAUUAUUAUCUAAUUUACCUGAGAUUUGGUUCUACAAAUGCUGAAAAAUUGAGGAUUCACACAUGUGCACACAUACAUACAAAGGUGUACAAGUACUAUACAGUAUAUGUAUAUACAUGUGUAAGCAGUGGUCCUGUAUAUGCAGUAAGGUUACAUUUUAGAAGAUGCAGUUAUUGGCUAACAGGAAUAUCCCUAAAAGAAAAUCACUUAGCAUUAUCCAGGAACUUUAUUUUAAAAAUUUUAUAGUUAUAUUAAAAGACAUUUAUAUAUUGAAUUAUUUUCUCUUCCUGUGUAAGAGCUGCAGACAUAAACCCUAGAGCAUCAGGGCAACCCAUAUCAUUUGAUAGCACUUGCUAAAUGCAUUUCUUGGACUGAAGCCAGUAAAAGGAAAUGGUAACCUUUUUGAUAAUAGCACCUUGAAAACCAUACUCUCAUACACAUAAUACACACUGCACAUGCACACACAUGCACACUUGUAUACAGCCUCCUCACUCUCAGUAAGUAGCCAAAUCCAGGAAGUCAUUUCCACACAUGCACCAUUAUGUGUCACUCGUUUUGGUGUAAUGGAUAAUGAUAACAACAUGUUAUCAUUACUGAUGUAUAUUGUUUGUGCACAUGUCAUUAUGCCCGGUUGUAUUAUCUUUUUUCUUUUUUUUCUUUUUUUUUUUUUUGCAAAAGCAUAUCUGCACCUUGUUUGUUUAUUAGUAUGAUUUUCAAAUAAUUUUAUUUCAGAUGUCAAUUUAUAAACAAAUAAUCAUCAUCAUAUUUUAUCAUUGAUAUGUAUAAGAACAUUUUAUGAUUGAGGGGCACUUCGUUAUUGCAUAUAACUUUUUUUCUGUAAAAAGGAUCUUUUUAAAUGUUGUAAUAUAUGUGAUAGUGAAGAUAAAAGUUAUUACAAAGUUCUACAGCCUGUAUAUACAUUGGAAAAAUAGGGCUUUUGAUUAGUAGAUGCAGGAAAUACAUUUAUACAUGUAAAGUCUUUUUCAGAGACUGUAAUUUAUCUAAUUUGAUAUACAGUAAAACGGGGCUAAUGGUAUUCAUCAUAUGUAAAUUAUCAUAUGCGAUGUCAUACAGUUUGCUCUUUUUAGUUUAUGGUUAGGUAAGAUAAUGAUCAAAUCAGUUUUUUCCCAAGGCUGAAUCAGUGUUUGCUAUAAUUAACAAAUUAUUUAUAUACAGUACAUUGAUUAUAUUAAGGUACUCGAUUCCCUGUGUUGCUAUUUUGCUUUACCUGGACUAAAAAUUAUAUUGAUCAAGCACAUAUCAAGAACACAUGUACUUGCAUAUUCAGUAUAUGACUUUGCAUGCCUUAAACCAACAUUUUUUUUUAAAAGCUCAAUUAGACUUGAAGAUGGUGUCUCCACAGGACAGGGUGUAUUGUAUUUCCCUUCAGCAUCUCUUUCCUCAUUUUAAAGCAUAAUUUUGUAACGGUAACCAGGGUCAAAGUUAUGCAAUAAUAAUGAAAUAGUGCCUCAUAUCACAAACUUGUAAUAUAAUCUGCUCUGUGCAGAGUUUCGAUUUCAACACGUGUGCUCAAAUUAAUAAAAUUCAAAUGAGAAACCUGAAUUUUGGAAAAAGCACAGACAACAUUAUGCAAGUUGGACCUCUAAUGUUUAACUUUGUUUUCGCACUGAGCCUUAUGCCAUUGUGUCAAAUGCAGCAUUCUCCCAUAACAUUUUCACACGCUGUUUAUAGCAUGCAUUAUUACUUUGCUUGCAAUAAGUCACUUCCUCUAAGGGGAACAAAACUGAGUUACAAAGGCCUCUUGAUGUUUCAGCUUCAUCAUAUUAAUUCAACAUUGCGGUUCCGUGGAAUAUAAUGAGGAAUCUUACUCACAGGAAAACACUGUGAUCAGGAUUCCAGCUGUAGACUGACGCCUUUGUUAAUGAGUACUGAUGUUAAGCUUCUCAGUUCAAUAUCUAUUUUACUUUCUGUGUAACAUCUGCUUUUGAUUUCCUUUCCUGGUUUUGAAGAUUUAAGUAGUGAAGCCAAUGCCUAUGUUUCAAGUUUGCUGAUAUUGCGUACAGUAAUCGUUGUUCCUGUAUUUAUGUAAAGUGAGUGUAGUGUAAAUAUAUUCAGAUCUUUUCAUUCUUACCGUUAAAAAAAAUUGUGAUAUUGCUCAGCAUUGCUUCAAAAGGGAGAUUCUGCUCAUGGAGUUUCACAUCUGUAAAAGAAAUUUUUAGUCCUGAUAUUUUUCAAAAUUUUAAGAACAGGUGUCCUUUUCUGUUACGCUUUUCUUUUCUCCAAGAGUUGUUUAAGUAUCCAGUCAGUGUUUUGCCUUUUUUCUCUGUAUUUUCAUAUGGAUGGAGCUGUGAAAUUAAAAUAAGUUCAAAAAUAUACAUGUAUAUUAAUAUGAAUGGAGGCAUGAAGGUUAAUAAAGUUGCAUUUUGUAUGUAA